AUGGCCCGCACCAAACAGACUGCCCGAAAAUCAACUGGUGGCAAAGCCCCACGAAAGCAGCUUGCAGCCAAGGCGGCUCGCAAGUCUGCCCCUCCCGCCGGCGGCGUCAAGAAGCCCCACCGAUACCGUCCCGGAACUGUCGCCCUCCGCGAAAUUCGUCGGUACCAGAAAUCAACCGAACUCUUGAUCCGGAAACUCCCCUUCCAGAGACUCGUCCGUGAAAUCGCCCAGGACUUCAAGACCGACCUCCGCUUCCAGUCUUCCGCCGUCAUGGCCCUUCAGGAGUCUGCCGAAGCCUACCUCGUCGGUCUAUUUGAGGACACCAAUCUUGCUGCCAUCCACGCUAAGCGUGUGACCAUCCAACCGAAAGACAUCCAGCUGGCCCGACGCCUACGCGGCGAACGGUCAUAA